GGGAAUCACACGGACGCGCGCCCCGGUAACACGGCGUCAACACGGAACCUGAGUGUGACAAGUACGCAUGCGCUGUUUAAACCAGGAAAAGAAAUAGUGCAGUUAUGUCUAGGAAGAAGGAGGAAUAAUAAGUUGGACUGCAUCCAGAUCCAGUCUUAGCCAUGGUGUCCUGCUGCCAUCCGUGCACCAGGAUGUGCUCCCGCUCGUCGGCCUACACUGUGGCCCUCGGCCUGGGCUUCGUAACUCUGGGGACCAGUCGCAUCCUGCUGCUCAAAUUUUCUGCCAAUGCUGAGAACAAGUAUGACUUCCUCCCUGCAUCCGUCAACCUACUUGCUGAGUUACUCAAACUGCUCUUCUGUCUGGCGCUGUCAUUCAGGGUCAUAGUCAAAGAGGGACGAUCAUGCCGAGAACUUGGCUUUUCCUCUAGCUCCUCCUUCCUCAAUUCCCUGAAGUGGGCUGUCCCUGCUUUCCUCUACUUCCUCGACAACCUCAUCAUCUUCUACGUGAUGACUUAUUUGCAGCCUGCCAUGGCAGUGCUGUUCUCCAACUUCGCCAUCCUGACCACAGCUGUACUCUUCAGAGUUGUUCUGAAGAGGCGCCUGUCCUGGGUUCAGUGGGCAGCGUUAUUUGUCCUCUUCCUGUCCAUUGUUUCCUUGACAACGGGAUCAGGGGGCAGCCAAAACUCCAUAGCUCUCCACUCAAACCCCAUCUACACCCCUUCCAACUCCUGCCUUCUCUACACACAGCUGCUGGAGCAGAUGAGGAACAGCAGUGCCACUAAAUCGUGGGUGUCCUCCCUGCCCGGGCAGGCUUGGAGAGACAGGGUGGUGGAGAAGCUUCGCUCUCUGGGUGUGGGUCACAUCCUGCUCCUCCUCCAGUGCUUCAUCUCUGCCAUGGCCAACAUCUACAAUGAGAAGAUCCUCAAAGAAGGAGACCAGCUCACCGAGAGCAUCUUCAUCCAGAACAGUAAAUUGUAUGUCUUUGGUGUGGUGUUUAAUGGUCUGACCCUCGGCCUCGGCAGUGAGGCACGAGGCCUCACCGCACACUGUGGCCUCCUCCAUGGACACAAUGUCUACUCCCUGUGUCUGGUGCUGGUCACUGCUGCCCUGGGUUUAUCUGUGGCCUUCAUCUUGAAAUUCAGAGACAACAUGUUCCACGUGCUGACGGGCCAGAUCACCACUGUUCUGGUUACCACCCUCUCCCUCUUCCUCUUCGACUUCCGCCCCUCGCUGGACUUCUUCCUCCAGGCUCCCACGGUCCUGCUGGCCAUCUUUAUCUAUAACGCCAGCCGGCCCAGGGACUUGGAAUACAGCCUGCAGCAGGAGAAACUGCGGGUCAUCAACGGAGAGGUGUUCGAGAGGUCCAGAGGGGAUGGCGAGGAGCUGGAGCUCCUGACGAAGCCCAACACGGACAGUGAAUCCGAGGAAGAGUCUUUGUAGUACCGGCUCUCUGACAAGACGGAAGAUUUCCUUCUUCGCUGCUGCCGAUGUGAAGUCGCGGUAUGGGCUGGUCCUCGUGGACGCGGCGCGGCCGCCGAUUCCAUCCGUCAAAGCGCCCCUCUGAACGACCAUCGGCAGGCGAACAAUGUGAUCGUGAUCGUGUGAUGAAGUCUUCGAUAGCUAAGGGUGUUGUCUAUAUUUUGAAAAUGUGCCUGUCUGCCUCGGAGUGCUGUCAUUUACGUGGUCGAAGAAACACCACUAAUGCAUCAUUGUGUGUGUGUGUGUGUGUGCCGGUUGGAAUCAUGGAGGCUUUCUGUUACGGAUAGUUUAUUUCUUCUAAUGAUUCCUGUUGUAUGUGCAAGCUAUGUGGUGAUCGGUGGGUUUGAUGACCAGCAUAAGCCGUACUUCACACAAUUUUAUGAUUGCAUCAGGCUUUAUACUAGUUUUUCAUUGUUGUUGUCAACCUAGGGUUAAUAUUUAUAUUUAUGUGGCAAACCGAAGCGCCGCAUUCCAGCACAAAAAACUAUAACUUCAGAAAUACAUUACCAGACAUGUAUUUCUACGACAGGGCCAAUGUUUCCAUUACAGUGUACAGGGCUUUCUAUUUUUCUGCAGUGUAUUGUCUUAAACAUGAACCAGAGCUAUGAGCAUUUACAGGAUGUACAAGUGUAUGCCUGGGUUUCUGAAAGCACAACAACGGGGCUCUUGGUUCUCCUACUUGGCCUUGAACAUUUCUUUUGGUCAUAUGGUGUAACAUUGAUGUGGUUUAACUGUGAAAUACCAUGAAAUAUAUUUCUUUUAAGAUUCUUCUUGUGCCACAAAACUGCUUUCAAUUUGUCUCAAUAAUAACAGUGAUGACAAUUAAAAUUGCAAUACAG